AUGGAGGAAGAUGACUUUCUCGGUCACAACCAGUUUCUAAUCUACAACAAAUCCUACCACCGAGCACGACUAGCACAAUGGGGUCCCGGUCACACGGUGGUGGGCACAUAUGAACACGGUCUGAAUCCAAACCAACUGUGGACCUUGGAGGCACACCCUUAUAGGCCGGGGACUUAUUACGUUGUAAAUGAGAGGAACCCCCAACACAGACUAGCUAACCAUAAACACAACUUUAUCGUGUACAACGGUCCUCACUUCAAUGAUCAGCUCUUUAGGUUUGUGAGUAACGAUGACGGGUACUAUUCCAUCCAGAGUGCUCACUAUCCAGAGGAUUGGCUUACCAAACAUGGAGUUGAGAAUAGCCAGGUCUCUUUCAGAGAGUUCGACGGAGGAGACGAUCAGUUGUGGCGACUUGUCCCCCGGUUCCAUGCUCGGUUGUACGACCGGGAAGUGUUUCACUUCGACAACAGACAAGGUAGCAACCCCAUUGUACGUGAGAUAUCCGUUACCACAGGGGUCCGACGAACCUCCACCUCCUCAAUUAAUAACCAGACUACUUACAAGAAAUCUAUAUCUGCUGCUCUAGAGUUAGCUGUUGAGGUGUUGGAUCUGGGUGUUCGUCAAGCAAUAGAGUACGAGAACGAACUACAGACAUCAUUCUCUCAGGACGUUGAACAGUGCUGGUCUCAGACGGAGAAUAUAACAUUCACUGUUCCCCCGAGAAAGAACUUUAAGGUUGUUCAGAGAGGUGUGAAGUUUGAGGGACAACUUGCAGCGGAUACCUGUGUUCUGCUGACUAAUAUCCAGGUGUUUGAGAGCGAAUCUUUACAGUUUGAUGAGUCAGAAUAUUUAUCUGACUAG